ACUGAACGGUUAAAGCUUAGCGCAGCGAACUCCAACUCCCAUGAUUCAACACGGAGCAGUGCGCAGUUGUUGGCAGAUCUCAACCGACGCCAGUAGCGUUUAGCCGAGGGACAUUGAAUGACUUUGUAGCCGUGUGCGGCGGCAGUAAGGAAAGUUCACUACUUGACAGGUCGUGUGGUUUUCGUAUCGCAGCUCAUGGAGGCCCUCAUACCUGUCAUAAACAAACUGCAGGAUGUGUUCAACACGGUCGGCGCAGACAUCAUUCAGCUGCCGCAGAUAGUUGUGGUGGGGACUCAGAGCAGUGGGAAGAGUUCUGUUUUAGAGAGCCUGGUUGGCAGGGACAUCCUACCACGUGGCACUGGCAUCGUCACACGCCGGCCCCUUAUCCUGCAGCUGGUACACAUCGACUCAGAGGACCGCAGGAAAACCAGUGAAGAGAAUGAGUCCAGGAAAAAAGGCAGCACUUACAGAGGCAUCGAAGGAGAGGAAUGGGGCAAAUUCCUGCACACCAAAAACAAGAUCUACACAGACUUUGAGGAGAUCAGACGAGAAAUUGAAGCAGAAACGGAAAGAAUGUCCGGCAACAACAAGGGUAUUUGUGAUGAACCCAUUCAUCUGAAAGUCUUCUCACCACACGUUGUCAACCUGACGUUGGUGGACCUUCCUGGCAUUACAAAGGUACCGGUGGGAGACCAGCCCAAAGACAUUGAGAUUCUGAUCAGAGAACUGAUCUUUAAAUACAUCUCCAACCCCAACUCCAUCAUCCUGGCUGUGACUGCUGCUAACACAGACAUGGCGACCUCAGAGGCCCUUAAAGUGGCACGCGAAGUUGACACUGAUGGCAGGAGGACACUAGCAGUAGUGACCAAGCUGGAUCUGAUGGAUGCUGGUACAGAUGCCAUGGAUGUAUUGAUGGGCAGGGUCAUUCCUGUCAAACUGGGUAUUAUUGGAGUAGUUAACAGGAGUCAGCUGGAUAUCAAUCAAAAGAAGGCAGUGACAGAUGCCAUCCGUGAUGAAUAUGCCUUCCUACAGAAGAAGUACCCGUCCCUUGCAAACAGAAAUGGAACCAAAUAUCUGGCCAGAACGUUGAACAGGUUACUCAUGCAUCACAUCCGAGACUGUCUUCCUGAGCUCAAGACGAGGAUCAACGUGCUGGCAGCGCAGUACCAGUCUUUACUCAACAGUUACGGUGAACCCGUCGAGGACAAGAGCUCCACGUUGCUGCAGCUGAUCACUAAGUUUGCCGCAGAGUACUGCCACACCAUAGAGGGCACGGCCAAGUACAUUGAGACAGCUGAACUAUGUGGUGGAGCGAGAAUCUGUUAUAUAUUUCAUGAAACGUUUGGUCGCACACUGGAGUCGGUCGAUCCUCUGGGUGGUCUGACAACCAUCGACGUGCUCACAGCAAUCAGAAAUGCAACGGGCCCGAGGCCUGCUUUAUUUGUGCCAGAGGUUUCCUUUGAGUUGCUGGUAAAGCGGCAAGUCAAGCGUCUGGAGGAGCCCAGUCUGCGCUGUGUGGAGCUGGUUCACGAGGAGAUGCAGAGGAUUAUUCAGCACUGCAGCAACUACAGCACACAGGAGCUACUGAGGUUUCCAAAGCUCCACGAUGCCAUAGUGGAAGUGGUCACUUCGUUACUCCGAAAACGACUCCCUGUCACCAAUGAAAUGGUUCACAACCUGGUUGCCAUCGAGCUGGCCUACAUCAACACUAAGCACCCUGACUUUGCAGACGCAUGCGGACUCAUGAACAAUAACAUAGAAGAGCAGAGACGCAACAGAAUGAGAGACCUCCCUGCUGCCGUCCCCAGAGACAAGUCCCUUAAAGGCCCAGGUGGGCAGUCUCUCUCCCCCUCAGAGCCUCCUGCGCCUGAGGGCGAGUUCGCCAAGGCAGCAAACAGUGGCUCUCAGAGCAGCUCUUCCGGCGAGCAGCCAGACGGUGGGACGGGGAACUGGAGGGGCAUGUUGAGGAGGGGAGAGGACAGUACAGGUGGAGAACGGGCUAUGCCUCAACCGCCCUACUCUUCAAGCCCACACAAGGGCCACGCUGUCAACCUGCUCGAUGUGCCUGUUCCAGUAUCCAGGAAGUUGUCCGCUCGGGAGCAGAGGGACUGCGAGGUCAUCGAGAGACUCAUCAAGUCGUACUUCCUCAUCGUUCGGAAAAACAUCCAGGACAGUGUACCAAAGGCAGUGAUGCACUUCCUGGUGAACCACGUGAAGGAUUGCCUGCAGAGCGAGCUGGUCGGUCAGUUAUACAAGACGGGCUUGCUGAACGACUUGCUGACAGAGUCCGAGGACAUGGCUCAGAGACGCAACGAGGCUGCUGACAUGCUGAAGGCCUUGCAGAAAGCCAGUCAGGUGAUCGCAGAGAUCAGAGAAACCCACAUGUGGUGAGGGCGGCCUCUCUUCAGCGGGCUCUCUUCAUCCUACAUGUACCACCAACCUCCCUGAAAACCCCUCAAGUUGACUCUGCCAGCACUUCAGACAAACGACUUACAAAUGCACUGGUGUUGAUAUGUUUAUAUCAAGACAUGGUUUUAAUGUACAGUAAGGACUUUGAUUUAAUGAAGGGCAGCGCAUGUGGGCUCCUGACUAUCGGAAGCACACAUGCUUCUGCCCUAGAUUAUUAUAUUUUUCUUAUGUAAUUAAAACAACAUAUUGAUAAUGUUAUACAUCACCACUAUGUGGAGCCUUGCUGAGGAACGUCUGUUCUUAAUGUAGAUUUGAAUUAAAGCUAUAAAUAACAAACUCA